AACAUGGAGACAAAUCCCUUCUUGGUGUCACAGUCUUACCCAGACUUGGUCAUCCGUGUAAAAGGAGUGACUCUUGGGGAAGAAAACCGAAAGAAAAUGGACUCAAUGAAGAGAAAGCUGGAGAAGACAAGGAUUGCAGUGGCUGCCUGUGCUCUGUUAAACUCUGGAGGCGGAGUGCUUGAGAUACAAAUGGCCAACAACACUGAUCACCCUGUAGAGAUGGGACUGGAUUUGGAAGAGUCCUUGAGAGAGCUUAUCUACCCUUCUGAUCUUCAGGUUUUCUUUGAGACCCAGCAACGAGGGAACCAGUUUUACAUUUUUGUUAAAUCGUGGAGCUGCAGCCCUGAAGACAGUUUUGCUAAGCAUCGCAUUUGCAGUCAAAAUUCUUCCUUGUGGUAUAGAUGUGGAACUUCUGUGUUUACCAUGAAUUCAACAAAGGCAUUCACAUUUCUAAAUGAUAAGAAGAAUGCCAAGUGUAUCCUGUCUGACGCAGGAGCUCCACCCACUAAAAUCCCCAGAGCUAUGUAUCAGAAUAGCCUUGAAUCACAUCCUGCUUUUGAAAUUUUCCAAAGUGAGAAACUUGAGUAUGGUCAAAGCUUGCCUUUCCCUGAAUCUAUAUCUAUAGAGUUUAAACAAUUCUCUACAAAAUGUGUCCAAGACUAUAUAAAAAGUAAAAUUCCAGAGUACAUCUCUGCAUUUGCAAACACCCGUGGAGGCUACCUUUUCAUUGGAGUAGAUGACAAAAGCAAGAAGGUCCUGGGAUGCCCAAAAGACAAUGUUGACCGAAGCUCUUUGGAAAGAGUGGUAAGUGAAGUGAUAUCCAAGUUGCCAGUUUUCCAUUCUUCAUCUGAAGAAAAGGUGUCUCAUAAGACCAGAGUCAUAGAUGUGUUUGACAAGGGGAACUUGCACGGUUAUCUCUGUGUGAUCAGAGUGGAGCCUUUCUGCUGUGCAGUGUUCUCCAAACCUCCCACUUCAUGGAUCGUGGACAAGAAGAAAGGUAUCUGCAGCCUGACCACCAAGGAAUGGGUAGGCAUGAUGGUGGAUGCUGGUCCAGAGGCAGCUUCCAAUCAGACAUCUGGUCUCCAUAACCUAUGUGAAGAUUUUGAGAGUCAGCUGAAUCUCUCCAACAGCCCCCCACACUGCAGACCAGUGUAUUCUAAGAAAGGACUGGAGCACAAAGUCAAUCUCCAAAAGCAUUUAUUUCCAGUGUCACCAGGAUAUUUGACAUACACUCCUGAAUCCCUUUGGAAGAAGCUGUGCUCACAGAAUAAGGGACUAAAGAACUUAAUAAGUCAGCAAAUGCGCUCUGUCCACUGUGGUCUGCUGAUCCUCUCUAGGAGCUGGGCUGUGGACCUAGACUUGGAGGAGAAGCAGGGAGUCAUCUGUGAUGCUCUGCUGAUUGCAGAGGAGACCACCCCAACCCUCUAUACCAUUCUUGAGCAGCAGGAUGAGGGGGGACAAGACUACUGUACCCGUACUGCCUUUGCUCUCAAGCAGAAGCUAGUGAACACUGGUGGCUACACUGGGAAGGUGUGUGUCAUGACCAAGGUUCUCUGCCUGAGUUCCAAGAGCAUUGUAGACACUAGUAGGGUGUCAGCCCCAUCCAUAGAUUACCCACACUCCUAUAACCUUGCAAAUACCCGGGAAAUGGAGACCUUGCUGCAGGCCCUUGUGAUUGUCUUGCUCAACUUCAGAUCUUUCUUGAGUGACCAGCUUGGCUGUGAAAUUUUGAAUCUUCUUACAGUCCAACAAUAUGAGAUACUCUCAAAAAAUCUCCACAAACACAAGAAACUAUUUGUGCAUGGCUUGCCUGGGUCAGGGAAGACAGUCAUGGCCAUGAAGAUCAUGGAAAAGAUCAAAAACACAUUCCGCUGUGAAGAAAAUAGCAUUCUCUACAUCUGUGAAAAUCAGCUUUUGAGGGACUUGAUCAGGACAAAAAAUAUUUGCCAGGCAGUGACCCGGAAACUUUUCAUGAAAGAUGAGCUUGAGACAAACAUGAUCCAACACAUCAUUGUUGAUGAAGCCCAGAAUUUCCGCACUGAAGAUGGGAACUGGUAUAAGAAGGCAAGUGCCAUCACUCAAAGAGAUAAAAGGCAUCCUGGAAUUUUCUGGAUCUUUCUGGACUAUUUUCAGACCAGCCACACUCAUAGGAGUGGCCUGCCAUGUUACUCACGACAGAAACAUAAGGAGGAACUCACAAGAGUGGUACGCAAUGCAGAUAGAAUAGCUGAGUUCUUACAAGAGGAAUUACAGAAAAUCAGAAAUAACCCUCCACCCAGGAUCUCUGCUGAGUCUCUGGAGCUACUCAAUGAGUUUACCUGGGCUAAUGGCAUCUCAGGCAGCUUUAAGUGCAAAUACUUGAGCUUGAAAGAAAUGGUGAGCUAUGUAGCAAAUGAGUGCAAUUGUUUCCUGAGGAAUGGCUAUUCUCCCCAUGAUAUUGCUGUACUCUUCAGCACGGAAGAGGAAAAGGAUAAAUAUAAAGAUAACUUCCUGAGUGAAAUGAGGAAGAGAAGAGUGUCUCAGAUGGAUGAUGCGUCUGUCUAUCCUCCUGGCAUGUUUGACAGCAUCCGUCGGUUCUCCGGCCUGGAAAGAAGCAUCGUGUUUGGUAUUGAUCCCCAUGCAGUUGAGCGGGACAUUUCCAGCAACCUAUUGCUCUGCUUGGCUUCCAGAGCAAGGAAACAUCUGUAUAUUCUGAGGUUCCCUGGUCGUUCUACCCAAUCAGUGUAACUCAGUAGCUUGAAUGGGAUGCUUAAGGUCCUAGGUUCAUUCACUGGUGAUAGGAAAGCAAAACCUAGUUGAAGCCAUUCAGUACAAGAAGACAGAUACAGAUACAACAAAACUCUUGUCUUGUAGUUUUAGAAAAUGCUGACAAAAAGAUCACCUUUGGACACUGAAACUAACCGUGGACCUGAUGCUGAAAACAAAAGUUGAAGAAAAGAGUGGCAAAACAAUGUGCACAUGACACAUUCUGUGACGAUAUUGAAACCACAAGGAUAGUUUCAAUCCUUGUGGUUAGAUAAAAAACAGUGCAAUAUAGUAAGCUGUAUCUUAUUUUUAAGACAGACUUCCAUUUUUAAUUGGUAAAUACAUUUAUGAAAAUUAAAUGUAUUUGCAAGGAUAAAGAUAAAAGCUGUCCCUGACCUCCUACCAGCUGCAACACCCAGGAGAGCAGGCCCUACACCUGGCCAGCGCAGCACAAUACAGCCAACCUGUUAGUGCAGAUAUGGGUGAGCCAGCCCCAAAAUUGUGAGUAUGGGAGAGCUGUCCCCAUUUCCAAUCUUGAAGACCAUCCCUGCAGCUGGCCAGGCCCACACCCAAGGUUAUGACGUGGC